AUGACUCGCCUCUUCUGGAUCUUCAGCAUUCUUUUCGCUAUUGCUUGCGCCAAGAGCUUCGGUGAACUUCCUCAGGGGAGAGGAUUUCUUUUCGGCAACGAUGAACCACAACAUACCGUAGUUAUGCAGCCUCCUCCAGCACCAAUUAUGGCAGCUCCAGUAAUGACAGGUCCAGCAGUCAUGGCAGCUCCAGUGAUGGCACCACGACCAGUGUAUAGUACAUACCCAGUUCAAACAGUUCAAACAGGAGGAUUUCUUGGCAAGUAA